UACGCGGCGGAGCGGGCGGCCGUGCUGACCUCGUGCGUGCUGUCGGCGCUGGGCUCCGGGCUCCUGGUGGGCACCCACGCCCUGUGGCCGGAGCUGCGGACCCGUCCCCGGGAGCUCCUGCUCUACCUCUCCUUGGCCGACCUCCUGUCUGCCCUCUCUUAUUUCUACGGGGUGCUGCGGAACUUCGACGGGACCUCGUGGGACUGCGUGCUGCAGGGCGCCCUGUCCACCUUCUCCAACACCAGCUCUUUCUUCUGGACCGUGGCCGUUGCCCUCUACCUCUAUGUCACCAUUGUGAGGGGCUCGCCCACGGGCGCGGGCUUGCUCUGCUGCUUCCACAUCGUGAGCUGGGGAGUCCCCCUUGCCAUUACGAUUGCAGCUGUGGCUCUGAAGAAGAUUGGCUACGAUGCUUCCAAUGUUUCUGUGGGCUGGUGUUGGGUCAACUUGGAUGCAGAGGAUCGAGUGCUGUGGAUGCUGCUAACGGGGAAAGUUUGGGAGAUACUGGCCUAUGUGACUCUGCCUGUGCUCUAUAUCCUCAUCAAAAGGCACAUCAAUAGAGCGCAUGCAGCUCUCUUAGAGUAUCGUCCCAUUCUCUCAAGUGCACCUGCUCUUCAGCCAUGGACUUCCACAGCAGACAAGAAGUUGAUUCUCAUCCCUGUCAUCUUCAUCAUCCUCCGCAUCUGGAGCACUGUGCGCUUCAUUCUGACGCUCUGCAACUCCCCUGCAGUGCAAAAUUCAGUCCUGGUUGUCCUGCAUGGAAUUGGAAACACGUUUCAAGGAGGUGCCAACUGUGUUAUGUUUGUCCUCUGCACGCGUGUGGUCCGGGCUCGGCUGCUGUCCGCCAUUUGCUGUUGUCACCACGAUGAUGUGGGUUGGCCUUGGCGAAGCUCAAGCAGCAGCCGGCAGCACCCAGGCCCUGCUGAGAGCGAGGACGUGCCGGACCCCGAGCAGACGAAGCCCCUGCUGCCUACAACCUGAAGCUCCUCUGCCCGUGUCUUGACACUGAUUCCAUCCUGCUGGGUGUGGGAUCAUCCCCGAGCCCCACAGGGGGAGCUAAAGCCUGGGGAAAAGCACUGCUGGAGCGGCCGAGUACAGUGAAGAUGUCCCACUCCUGUGGGUACAGAUCCCUGCUGCUGCAGUCUUGGACUUUGCUCAGGAUCCUCUGGAAGAUACUGUGUGGCUCACUCCAGCUUCCUGGUUUUCUUCCUUCUUUCUCCUCUUGUUCCACCAUACAUCUUAAAUUUGGAGUUUGGCUUUUCAGUCUGACAAGGCAAAUGUGUUGUGAGGUCUGGGGUGAGCGAAUGUGGGUGUAGGGAAACUUUAGUUGCUGCUGAAUAGGACUGCCCUGGGUGUGGGUUCCAGUCCUCGUGUGUGAGCUCUGCUGGGGAGCUCUGGCCUGGCUCACGCUCUUCACUUGAACAUGGACAGACAUUGGUUUUGCGGUGGAGAUGGAUGGUUCCUCUUCAUGCUUUAUUCCUCCUCUCAGUGGUCAUGGGCUGUUCCCAAGGUUUGUGGUGGCUGCAUGCUUACUGCCUGCUGGGGAUGUCUGAACUCUGGGGACAUCUGGGUGUCUUCUCACAGCAGGGAGUGUGCAUCUGCUGUGCUCUGUUCUUGGCAUGUGGGUGCUGGAUCAGAGCUGGGAAGUGUCAGUUUGUUGUUUGCUGUUUGCAGGUGCUGUUUGAACCUAUUGACGACUCCUUGCUUGUGUUUUUUUAAGUAUUUUCUCCAACUUCUACAAAAUAAAGUUUUGUUUCUUUACCAA